AGAUGGUACGCCCUCUCCUUCCCCGUGGGUUCCUUUGUAUGGCGCCCAUGCAUUCUGCGUCGCUUUGCUUCGUCUCCAUCGGCUCUUAAACAGCUCCACACCAGGCUAGCCUCCAGCUCCAGGCUCCAACACCACCCCCUCCACCAACAGCACCUCGUUCGCUAGCUAGCUAGGGAGUGCAGGAGCAUCGACCGACGAGCGGCGCUACCAACCUCGUCCCUUGGAUUCAUGGGCAUCUCGGAAAACAAGGCUGCAUCCCUGCUGGAUCCGGAGACCGUGGGCAAGAAGACGCCUCGUCCGGAUCAUGUCGGCGCGUUGGCGCUCUUCACCGUCGGCGUCACCGCCUUCUCCUUGGCGGUGGGCUACUCAAUCGCACACGCACACGCACUCGACCACUUCCACGUCCCCUGCUGGGAGUUCUCCUUUCUGCCUUGUGACCACCUGACGGACAGGGACGAAGUCGCGGUGAACGCCAUCUGGCUCGGGCAAUUGUCCUGCGUCGCGCUCAUGGCGGCCGGGGCGGUGCUUAUCCCGUGCGGCCGUCGCUGGGUCAACCGCGCCCUCGUCUGCCUCGGGCUCGCGCUCGCCACCGCCGGCAACUGCUUGUACGCCACCGCAGCCUGCAUGUUCCUCGUCGCCCACCUAGGAGACCUCUUCAGCCGGAUCCUCUGUAUUGUGGGCAUCUUCGCGUACGCGCUAGGGCUUCCUGGACCUCCUUCUAUGGAGUGAGAAGCAGGGCAAGCACUAGCUGGCGAGCAUCUGUUCAUGAGGUACUCUAAUGACCGACUCAUCAAGUGAUGACUAGGAAGUUCUAAGGAAUAAUAAUAAUUAAUCCAAACUAUAUGGAUAUUAUGCUAGUUGUUAGUACAUUUGUGUACCCUGGAACCUGGAUUGUGAUCGUCUUUCUCUGUGGUAUGAAUGGAAAUUGGUACUGUAGUUAUAUA